GGGGCUCCUAGUAUUUCCUCGUUGAGCUUAUCCUUCGCUACCACCCCAGCACCGCGUCUCUAUGGCUGAUGUAGAAGGCAGCUGCGCCUGUGGUGCCAUCACGGUGCGCGUGGUCGACGGUUUCGGAGACAAUGCAAAGGCAGCGAUAUGUCAUUGCACGGAUUGUCAAAAAGCCGCUGGAAGUCUGUGCAACUACUGGGCACCAGUACUCGUAGAAAAGUUGCAUGUCGUGAAAGGGCAACCGAAGACGUACCGAUCUCCGGAAGGCAAGAGUAUGUCGGGGAAGCCCGUGCAGCGCACCUUCUGCCCUGACUGCGGGACACCGCUGUACGUGUACGCAGAGGGCGUGCCGUCAAGGUACUGCGUGAUAUUAGCUUUGUUCGGGAACAACCUGGAGCCUGGUGUAGAGAUCUUCUGGAGGAGCGCAAAACGUGAGCGCGUGAGCCUCUGUCCCAACUAUUCAGAUCUAGAGAACGUUGACUGAUUAUCGCGCUCAGCAUGGGAGAGGCCACUCGUACCGUCUGAGUGCUUACACCAGCUUUCACCAUUCUCGUAGAGCAUACUUUACUAGUAGUAGCCAAUGGAAUGUAGCUCGUUGGAUGACGAGCGGCGAGGAGCCACGGUGGGCGUCCAAUCAUGUCCGCAUGCGUGCAAC